CGGGGUCGCUGGAGCCGGCCGCAUCCUUUGUGCGGCGGGACGGAAUGAGAGCGCCGCAGGGGCUUUUCUCUCUUUCCCGAACUCUGGAAAACAAUGGCCUGAGAAGGGACCAUGGAUUGAGGAGAGGAGGGCGGCCAGCGGAGAAGUGAACUGCGCUGGGCAGUCAUGACUUCUGCCGUCGAGAUCAAGAAGCCACCAGUGGCCCCCAAGCCAAAGUUUAUGGUGGCAAAUAGUAAGUCAGUUCCACCUCCCGUGGCACCUAAACCUGACAUCGUGGCUUCUAGUAUUCCACAGUCAACAAAGAGAACCAAACCAGCAAUAGCCCCAAAACCCAAGGUUCUGCAGAGCUCACCUGUUAGAGACACUGGGAAGGCACCGUUGAGGAGAGCCACUGUGAGUCUGGAAGAGCAGAAACAAGAAUUGCCUGAAAGCACUGACAAUUUUAAUGGCAAAAAUGGAGCAAGUCAGAGUAGGGAUGUUGUUUUACCAACGUGUUCCUGCAGUUCUGGUUGUGACGCUAAGCUUGGGAACAGAGAGGAUACGCGUACAGAACAGGUUGUACCCGAGCCUGUGGAAAGGCCUAAAAGUUUAGAAAAUAACAAAACUAAUGGGGGUCGGUGUGAUUCUCUUGCUGAGAAGAGCAAGAGCCCCAGUGGCAGAGUUUUAAAGGUGGGCAUGCUGGAAGAGAGGCUCACUACAGCAGGAAUGUCACCUUUCAGCUCCCCACAGCAGCCCAGAUCCACACACAACCCACAGGUGAAUGGGGGCUGGAGUUCAGGAAGACAACCCAGAAUUGAAGUUGCAGAUUUGUUACCUCGUCUGUCUGGCGUUGAAAACAUGUCAGAUCAUCACACCUGCCACCAACAGCUUCCACGUGGUGAGUUUCAGACUGCUGGGUCUUGUCAGCAUAGCAGUGAGAAAGGCAACAGCUGCCUUAACUCAUGCGAGCCACAAACGGCGGAAGAUGGUAAAAGUAUUUUUCUAUCUUCAGAUGGAUUGAAUACAAAAUCGGAAGUCACUGACUUUGGUCCCUUAGAAAUUCACUUAGUGCCUUGUACCCCCAAAUUUCCAACCCCCAAGCCCAGAAAGACACGCACUGCUCGUCUGUUACGCCAAAAAUAUGUAGAUGCUCCUAGUGAAAGUGCUGAAGAACCAGGGAAUUCACAUAGUAGCUCUUGUCUUAUUGAAGAUAAUUCAAAAAAUGAUAAAAGCAGCACACUGCAUCAGCAUGUUGUGUGUAACCAGAGGCAAGUGGGUAAAGUACAGCCAGGAAAUAAAAGUGAGUCAAGUAGGAACUUCCAUAAUGAGAAACAGGACUUAGUCAGUGCACAUAAAGCCAUGUGUCAUGAAACAUCUUCUGAAAAAGUGUCAUCUGCAUUAGAUACAGACUCUAAUUUAAGUAAUGAUAAUGUGGAAGUAGAUGGUGCUAGGAUGUCACCCUCUACAGACACAGGGACCAGUUUCAUCAGGUGCAGUACUGUAUCCAUGAGCCUGCCUAAGCAGCUUAAAUUCACUUGCAAUGAACAUUUGCCUACUGCCUGUAACCUAGGUAUGUCUGCCUCUCAAAUGCAAAAGGGACCUAUAAUAAAAGAGGGAAGUUCCUUAAGAAUUGUCCCCCCUAAACCUCAAAGACACAGCUUGCCUGCUGCAGGAGUGCUUAAAAAGGCUGCCUCUGAAGAGCUUGUAGAGAAAAGUUCUUACCCUUCAAGUGCAGAAAAAAAUUCACAGAAGCUUCUAGAAAGAAAUCAUUUGUAUACCCCAAACCAUGGUAUGUCAUCCUCCUUUGAUAUGCCUAAACGGACUUCAGAAAAGCCAGUGUGGAAAUUACCUCAUCCUAUUUUACCCUUUUUAGGGAACCCUGAGUCCUUAAAGUCUGUCACCAUAUUCCCAAAUAGUGAAUCUUCAACUGCCUUAACCAAACCUAGAGCAAAAUCUUUAUCUGCUGUGGAUAUGGAAAGGUGUAAUAAACCUUGCAAAGACCCUCCAAAGAGAAACUCCUUUAAAAAGUUGCUCAACCUGAAAUUGUCCAUCUCUUUUACCAAAAACGACUUUCAAAAAUUUUGGUCCAAAAGUAGCCAACUUGGAGAUACCACAGCAGGCAGCCUUCCUGGUGGGGAGCAGAAAGGGUUGGAAAGUGAUUGCCGUGGCUUGUUGGCCGAAGACAAGAGAGGAAAACCAACCAAGGCGUACUCUGCAGAUAACUACAGCCUGGAAUCUCAGAAAAAGAAGAAGUCUCGGGGCCAGAUCAGUGUGGCCAAUGGCCCGAGAGCUGAGUCUCUGGAUGACCAGAUACUCUCCAGGGAGCCAUCCUCCCAGGUGGCCUGGAAGGCUGAUACCUGUGGCUCCGCCCCAGAGUAUGAGAAUGUACGUCAUUACGAGGAAAUACCGGAGUACGAGAACCUGCCAUUUCAUACGGCUGUAGGGAAGACUCCAGAACCUGGAUGGCAGAAUUGCAGCAGCAUGGAGGACACUGAUGCAAAUGUGUAUGAAGUAGAAGAGCCAUAUGAAGCUCCAGAUGGCCAGCUGCAGCCUGGACUCAGACAUCAGCAUUCCAGCAGCCCCAGAGCAGCACAAGAGGGUCACUGUGAUCUCGAGCUCGGUCUUGGCGAUCUUCCCUCCGACGAGGAGGAAGUCAUUGACAGUUCUGAUGAAGAUGAAGUCAGCUCUGAGUCUAGUAAAGGAGAACCUGACCUGCUGGAGGAUAAACAGGCUGAAGAUACUGGAAUGAAAAGUAAAGUUCAUCAUAUUGCCAAGGAGAUUAUGAGCUCAGAGAAAGUGUUUGUGGAUGUAUUAAAACUUCUGCAUAUUGACUUCCGGGAUGCAGUAGCCCAUGCUUCUAGGCAACUCGGGAAAGCAGUGAUUGAGGACCGAAUUCUCAACCAGAUCCUAUACUACCUGCCCCAGCUGUAUGAGCUCAACCGGGAUCUCCUGAAGGAGUUGGAGGAAAGAAUGUCGAACUGGUCUGAACAACAAAGAAUAGCUGAUAUCUUUGUAAAGAAGGGACCAUAUCUAAAGAUGUAUUCCACGUACAUCAAAGAAUUUGAUAAGAAUAUAGCUUUGCUGGAUGAGCAGUGCAAAAAAAAUCCUGGUUUCGCUGCUGUUGUUAGAGAUUUUGAGAUGAGCCCGCGCUGUGCCAGUCUGGCUCUCAAGCAUUACCUGCUCAAGCCCGUUCAGAGGAUCCCCCAGUACAGGCUGCUGCUGACAGAUUAUUUAAAGAACCUCUUAGAAGACUCUGGAGAUUAUAGAGACACUCAAGAUGCCCUUGCUGUCGUGAUAGAAGUAGCCAACCAUGCCAAUGACACCAUGAAACAAGGGGACAACUUCCAGAAACUUAUGCAAAUUCAGUAUAGCUUAAAUGGACACCAUGAAAUAGUGCAGCCUGGCCGGGUUUUUCUCAAAGAAGGAAUUCUGAUGAAGCUCUCUCGGAAAGUCAUGCAGCCCCGAAUGUUUUUCCUGUUUAAUGAUGCCUUGCUCUAUACGACACCAGUACAGUCUGGGAUGUACAAACUGAACAACAUGCUCUCAUUAGCUGGAAUGAAGGUCAGAAAACCCACCCAGGAAGCAUAUCAGAAUGAAUUAAAGAUUGAAAGUGUAGAACGAUCCUUCAUUCUCUCUGCCAGCUCUGCCACAGAAAGGGAUGAAUGGCUAGAAGCGAUUUCCAGGUCAAUAGAAGAGUAUGCCAAGAAAAGAAUCACCUUCUGUCCUAGCAGGAGUCUGGAUGAGGCUGACUCGGAAAGCAAGGAAGAAGUUACUCCCCUGGGAUCCAAGGCUCCCAUCUGGAUCCCUGAUACCAGAGCCACAAUGUGCAUGAUCUGUACAAGUGAAUUCACUCUGACCUGGAGACGCCACCACUGCCGGGCCUGCGGAAAGAUUGUUUGCCAAGCUUGUUCAUCAAAUAAAUAUGGCUUAGAUUAUUUGAAAAAUCAACCAGCAAGAGUAUGUGAACAUUGCUUCCAAGAACUUCAGAAAUUAGAUCACCAGCACUCCCCUAAGAUUGGAGUUCCUGGAAAUCACAAAUCUCCUUCAAGCACCUUCUCAUCAGUCUUACAUAGUAUUCCAUCAGGGAGGAAACAAAAAAAAAUUCCAGCUGCACUCAAAGAAGUAUCAGCAAACACAGAAGAUUCUUCUAUGAGUGGCUACCUGUACAGAUCAAAGGGCAAUAAGAAAAAUUGGAAACACUUGUGGUUUGUCAUAAAAAAUAAAGUUUUAUAUACGUAUGCUGCAAGUGAGGAUGUGGCAGCUUUGGAAAGUCAACCUUUAUUAGGAUUCACUGUUAUGCAAGUGAAAGAUGAGAAUUCAGAAUCCAAAGUAUUUCAAUUACUACACAAAAACAUGCUAUUUUAUGUGUUCAAAGCAGACGAUGCACAAUCAGCUCAGAAGUGGAUAGAAGCAUUUCAGGAAGGCACAGUAUUGUAGCAGUGUUGGUUUCAUCUCUUCUUUGUUUCCAGAAAGGCAGAAUUUAUCAGACUGAAAUAAAUAUGAUUCAGAAAUUAUGUAGAAAUGAACACUGCCAAGACAUAUCCAACCAAACUUUUCUUUGGAUAUCAGAAAAUAGUGGGUUUUGUCUUAAUGUUUGUUUUUCCAUGUAUGUUAUUUAUUAAACUGUUGAUGUUUACCUGGUGGUCAGAAUUAUUUCUGAGAUUCACACUGAAUUCUUAAGUAUCAAUUCUUUAGAGACUAGAAAUGUUAAUGCUAUACAGUAUUAACUAUUUGUGAUUCAGUCUACACUGUUUUGCCUUACAUUUUAAUAUUUUCAUUAGCAGUAUAUCUUGGUAAAUAAAAUUUAUAUCAUAAGGAACAAAUUUCCCUGCAGUGCCUGGUUUUAGUCAUUGUGAUUGUAUUCAGACUGCUGAUGAAAAAAUUGCAUGUCUCUGAAUCAGUCAACUUAGAAAUCUGUUGCAUCUUUUAAUGGGAACAUGCAUGGCCAGUCUCUACCUCAGUAAAUGUGAAAUGAAAUUCCAGUGAAAUAACAAAGUAUUUCUACUGUUAUGUACCUCUUUUGGCAUGAGCACUAUGCCAUGAAAUAAUUCUAGUAAGGGGGUAGAAUCUGAAUUUUUUCAAAGCUACCAGUUCAACACACAUAAGUGUAUAUAUUUUUUAAAUAGCAAAAAUGUGGAAAGCAUUAUAGUAGUGCAUUAAAUCCCCUGCUUUUAAGAGUUCUCGGUGAUCAUGUUUGUAUCCGGGGUGUUGCAUUUCCUUUAAUAUUGUGCUUGGAAUUGGAAAAACUGGAAUUGCCAUAUCAGAAAAGCACAACUUCUAAGCCAGUAUUAACUGCAGUUCUCUAGUAUUCAUUUUUGAAUGAUCUUUUUAUACCACUUUGUGAAAUGUCCUCCUUGGCAAUUAAGAAAAAGUCCUUUCUUUAUCCAUCAGUGCACCUCAUUAUUACUCAUUAAUGAUUCUGGCACACUUACUGUUUAACAUUUGAACACUUUGCACAAAAAAACUGUUGAUUAGCAGAAGGAAAAUUGAUUAACUGUAUGAUUGAAGACAUUCCUGAUAUGUUUGUAAUAUAUUGUAUCAAUGGAGUUUAAGAUCUGCCUUAUAAGAAAGAUUUAUAAAAUAUUUCUUAAAGGGUACCAGAAUUUUCCUACCUGCUUGCUUAUAAAGGAUUUCCCAAUUCAGUGUGGUGACUCUUGAGGGUAACCAAGAGAAUAAGCAAGUGCCUUCUAGAAGCCUUUUGAAUGCUGUUUGCUGCAGCACCAGAGUCCCUGCUAGUGGCUGCUGUAGGUUUUUCUGGCUAUUUCCUGUUAGGGAGUCAUUUUAACCCCCUGUUUUGGCCUUACAGAUCAUCUUAACAUACAGUCUCCCCAAGUCUUUCUGUCAUACCAGAUAAACUAGUUUUUGUUUUACUUUACUUUUGGGGGCCUACUUAUUUUCAUCGAAAUCAGUAAAUAAGGCUUUGACCUGCCAGUGUCUGGUUUCCAGGGUCCAAAUGUUUCCUUAGGUAUCUUCUAUUUGUAAUGAGCAUGGAGAAGGGCAGUCACAAAACUAAGCUGAGAAGGAAGCUGAGAAUAACCCAAGAAGCCAGGCUGAAGUGGGAAGAGGCUAGGUCUGCUUCUGAGUAACCCCAGCCAGCAUACCUCCCUUCUCUGCCAGUGUCCUUCCUUGGGACUAAUGUCCUAAAAAAUCAAUCCCUUUGCCAUCAUUACACAUGUUGAACAGUUUUCCAACCUCUUUUCCCCUGCUCCCCAGUGUGCCCAGCUAUCCUCUUGUUAUCCUUUGGCUGCCCAAAAUACUUUUCUUCAUCCAAAAGCUUGAUUCAUCUGGUAGGGUUUCUUAAAAUGAGAUCAUCAGACCAAUUCUUUCAGGUACAAUUUUGUUUACCAAAUGUACAUUUCGUAUCUGAUGAAUAGAAAGUUCCUAGCAAUGUGGUAAGCCUCCUUUCAUAAUUUAAAUUGAUGUUAUAGCAUAUGCUUGAGAUCCUCUGCAGUCAAAGGUGGUCACCUGGAUUUCCAGAGAGGCAAAUCCUGUUUCUUCAUAUGGUGCAGUAUGUGCUUCCUGAAGGCAGAUACUGUAAUAUACCACGUUCUCCCAUGAUAGCACCCUGUGCCUUUUAAGAGAAAGUACUUCUUCAGUUGGAUAGAAUAAAGUGAGGAUGGGGUCCUUAUCUGUAGCUCAAAUGCAGCCCUCAAAUACCUUCAUUCACCCUCCUGCAAAGCAACAUUUACAACUACCCAUUGGAGACCUACACCAUCUUAAAAUUCACAUGGCAAAAACAAACAAACAAAAAAAAACCAAAAAACUUUCUUCCUGUUCAGAUCUGCAAAUAUUCUUUUGUGAUAAAGACAUCAUCUGUGGCUACAGAAUCUGACUUCAAGUCUGAACAAGACUUUUUUGCCAUUGCUCUUUUAUGUUCCCAUCGUCACUGCCACGGCUGGAGUUCUCAUUAACCUCUGCAAAGACUGUAGGUAACUUUGUUAAUCUGUGUGGUCCCAUUUUAAACACUACUAGAAUGCUCUUCCCAAAGCAUACUUAGUCAAGGUUCAUCCUUGUUUCCCAUCAGUGGUUUAGGCAUGGGACACUUCAAGCUAGUCUACGCUCCAGAUAAUCCCAACCUCACCUUUCUCCUAUGUCUGCCCCACUCCUAACUUUUCCUGUUUAUCCAAGACUUCUCUGUGACAUCUGGUCUAAUCCUCACCCCUUUGCUCUCUCCUUCCCCUGGGCCCGUGUGGUCUUUACUUCAUAAACUUGAAUAUGAUGUCAAUAGCAACUUAGCUUGUUCAUCUAAGAUUCCCUUACAGCAGCUAGUGGAGUGCCUUGGCUGCAAUGGCUCCCCUGGUAUUUGCAGAAUCAAAUUCCCUACCAUGGAUCCUGUCUUGUCUUUUAAAGAGCCCCCAAUACAUGUAUGAUUCUGAAACCUGUGGCAUUUUGGGGAAAAAAAAGGCUUAGGACUGUUUCCCCAUGAGAAAAGCAUUUCCAGUGGGAUUAAAAUAAAGGUAGUAGGAGAAACUGCAAAAGCCUAAAUAUCAAACUCCUUUUCUUUUGGAAUAGGAGAAGGAUGGAAAGGGCUAACUUUCUCCUUUAUAGGACUUCACAGAAUGUAAGAUCCAAUCUUGGAACUAUUUUUAAAUGACUGAUAAUGUAUUUCUAGAUAAACUUUAUGUAAAGGGAUAAUUGUUUAUAUUUUAUUGUCCAUAUAUUCUUUAUAAAGAAAAACUAGCAUUGUAAAUAAUGUUAAUAUGUGUUAUAUUUAUGCCAAAUAAAUGUACUAUACU